CUGUAUACUUCUAGUUGGUGUUUGUAACAUGUGACCCAAAGAAUUGCUAUUCUUGACUUAUACAAUGGAGUCUAAAGUCUCGGAAGGGGGUUUGAAUGUCACCUUGACAAUCCGUCUUUUAAUGCAUGGAAAAGAAGUUGGAAGUAUCAUCGGAAAGAAAGGAGAAACUGUGAAAAAGAUGCGGGAAGAGAGUGGAGCACGAAUUAACAUUUCAGAAGGAAAUUGCCCAGAAAGGAUCGUUACCAUCACUGGACCAACAGAUGCUAUUUUCAAGGCAUUUGCAAUGAUCGCUUAUAAGUUUGAAGAGGACAUCAUAAAUUCCAUGAGUAACAGUACUGCAACAAGCAAACCUCCUGUCACUUUAAGACUCGUCGUUCCAGCAAGUCAGUGCGGAUCUUUGAUUGGAAAAGGUGGUUCCAAAAUCAAGGAAAUUAGAGAGUCUACCGGGGCUCAGGUACAGGUGGCUGGAGACAUGCUGCCCAACUCCACAGAGCGUGCAGUAACAAUUUCGGGCACCCCUGAUGCUAUUAUCCAGUGUGUGAAGCAGAUAUGUGUAGUGAUGCUGGAGUCCCCUCCAAAAGGUGCUACCAUCCCUUACCGUCCAAAACCCGCCUCCGCCCCUGUCAUUUUUGCAGGUGGUCAGGCCUAUUCUAUCCAAGGACAGUACGCAAUCCCCCACCCUGAUUUGACCAAGCUCCACCAGUUGGCCAUGCAGCAAACCCCCUUUACUCCCCUCGGACAGACCACCCCUGCUUUCCCUGGAGAAAAGCUGCCCUUACAUUCCUCUGAAGAAGCUCAAAACUUGAUGGGCCAGUCAGCAGGUAUGGAUGCCAAUCCCCAGGCAAGUACUCAUGAACUCACCAUACCAAAUGAUCUAAUAGGCUGCAUCAUCGGACGCCAAGGGACCAAAAUCAAUGAAAUUCGACAGAUGUCUGGAGCACAAAUCAAAAUAGCCAGUGCCAUGGAGGGGUCAGCAGAGCGUCAGAUCACUAUCACUGGAAGCCCAGCUAACAUCAGCCUUGCUCAGUACCUCAUCAACGCCAGUUUGCAGCUACAUCCAGAGGAAUGGGAUGGUGCAGACAUUUAGGCAGUAAACCUGCCAUAUGUUACCAGACUCUGAUGGUGCCAGAGAAGAC